UCAAAAAUGGCUGAAGCAGCUGCAGCUCGUCGCGAAGCUCGCCGAAGAAAAAUUUUAGAAAAUUCUCAAAGCCGGCUUCAAUUUUUGACUGGAAAAAGCGCCGACAGUUGUGCCCGAGGAUCUCCGGUCAGGACAGUUGAUUCUAGCCAAGAUAUCGAGAUUCCAGCUACAGCAGCUCAUCAGGAUGAAAGUGGAGUACGCAUUAACGACUCUAUAGUUUCUGACCACACCUCACAAGAACCUUUAACAAUAUUCGGUCCUGAGACAGCAGCAGGCGAUGGAGAACCUGUCGAUGACCCUUCACCUUUUCCAUCCCGUGCGCAGAGAACGCCACGGAAUUCACGAACUUCAUUGAAAACCUUACUCUUAGUACACAAAUACGACAUGGUAUUAAUGUCAUUUUUGUUGCAAAUAUACUAUAGUUUUAACCCUUUGACAAAUACAACAAAUUUAUUUUUACCAAUAUUUAUAUACUCGGUGACAAAAAUCAUAUGGUUUCCACCUAAAGACAAUUCAAACACUACAAAUGCAAUGUUAUUCAUAAAUAGUGUGAUGUCCAACAGACUUAAAAAUGUUAUUUACAUUGCCCAAAGCCUAGCUGUAGUUGUAAGGGACAUUUUUGUUUAUCUAUUUGUGACUGUUUGCAUACAAUCUGUUUAUGAGUAUAUCACAGUCCUCUAAGGCACUGUUCUUGAAAUUUAUGAAUGACUGAUUAGCUAGACAAAGAUCGGCCUAUAGGUUAAAAAUAAUUGAAGUUUUUGGCUACUGAACAGUUAAUUUUCAAAUUGCUUCAACCAUGUAAAAAAGAAAAAGAAAUAUUUUUUUACUAUUUUUUAUGCAGUCAUUCAUUUAGUAUAUCGAUGCUUGAAAGGCAAACGUGACUAAGCGACAA